UCUUCUAUAAAAGAUAUGCUAAUAUACCCCGCAUAACUAGAAGUAAGAGUAAGUAGUAUAACGUAGUCGUAGAGACUAAGCAACGACAAUUAAAGUUACUACUCGCCAACUCAAGGACAUGAAGAAGAUCUACCAGAUGCUCAGGGAAGUCCAGAUGAAGCAUCAGGUUUCGUUCCAGCCGGAGCAAUUCAUCACCGCGUGUCAACAAGAACAAGUUGAUAGCGACAUCUUCGACAAAUAUGGCCCUGUCUUAGCGUUGCAGUGGCUGUUUGCGCAGGAAAAGUCCGCGGAAGCGGUUCAGGCAGACUAUGAUGAAAUCCAUCACGAACUCUGGGGGGCGGAGCGGGAAUUCAAGAAGUGGGAGGGGAGGCGCCAGCGAAUCGAGCGGGUCCGAAUGGGCAUCAACGUCAAAAGAGUCGGGGGCCCAGGGCAGCCUCGCCAAUACCAGUCGCGAGUCCCAGCUCGUAGCAUCUCCCCUUAUUCCCAUCGAUCCCAGUCUUCCCCACCCAAAGCACGUUAAGCCGACGCAGCCGACGCCCGAGGAUGCUGAGCGCUUCUGGAUGGAUCCCACGGUCAUCUUCAACAAUAUCUUCAAGGAGAAGAAGACGAAGGACAAGCAUGAGACGGAGAUGGAGGUCGAUUGACGGGCAGGCCUCGGCUGAGCAGGGUAGUUUGGGCGUUGAUGUGCUUAGCAGCAUGUUGGCAGGCACCACGCUUGAGGGAUAAUGGUAUCUGGGGGUUGUCGGUUAGGGAAGAAGAUCGCCUUUGCAGGUU